AUGGCCUCCCUCGAGGAUUCAAAGGAAACUCUCGGGGAGUCUGUGACCCAGGCUUUCGACGUGGUUUCAUCGUUGAAGUACGGGUGCAAUCCUCACCAGCAGCCAGCGGCUAUGUGUAGUGCAGUCGGCAAUGGUUUGGAGAUGCCUCUCAAGGUUGUCAAUGGGGUUCCGGGGUAUAUUAACCUUCUCGACGCAAUUAACUCAUGGCUGCUGGUCAGAGAAAUGGACAAGGCUACUGGGCUGUCGGCAGCAGUCAGUUUCAAGCACGUGAGCCCCGCUGGAGCUGCAGUGACCAGCACGGAAUUGCGAGGUAAUGAGCCUUGCAUCUAUGAGGUGGCUCCGUCAGCACGUGAUAACUUGUCUCCUGUGGCCCUGGUGUAUAUACGCUCCAGGGCGGAUACAGCUAAGCUCGCAACAUGCUCACACAGUUUCAACUUAGUUGUUUCCACUGUCCCUCGCGAUAAUGGUUACGAUAACCUUCGGAUACAUGAUCUGUAG